UUUAUAUAUCAAACUUUUUAGCUUAAAAAAAAAAAACUCGCUUUUUAAUCAAAAACAAAUAAAAACUCUAUAUUUUAGAAAUUCUAAGUUCCUCUUUUAAAUAAAAUGAUGAAAUAGCACUUUGACUAAAGUCCAAAUAAAGUUUUGAAAAAGGAUAUCAAGGAUUAUGGUCCUGAUUCUUGCUCAAGCGAAGACGAUGAUACAGUUGACUAAAUUCAAGUAAUCAAAAAGGAAACAAAGAAAUAGCGUAAUUCAGUUAGUGCUGAAGCCUAUGGUAUGUUUAACAAGAGAGAAAACUUUAAGCCUAUUGUAAUCGCUAAGAGUCAAGAUACUAAGAACAAAAUUUACAAAAGAAUCAAUGAAGCCUUUAUGUUUAAUUGUUUAGACUUAAAGGAAAGAGAAAUUAUCGUCAAUGCUAUGGAAGAAAAGCGUUUUAAAUCUGGAGAUUAAGUUAUUAAGCAAGGCGAAGAAGGAAAUUAUCUAUACGUAAUAGAUGAAGGUCAACUGGAUUGUUUUAAGAAGUAUCAAAACUAGCCUGAACCUACUUACCUUAAGACUUACUAGCCAGGAGAAUCCUUUGGUGAACUUGCAUUACUGUACAAUGCUCCAAGAGCAGCUUCAAUUGUCUCUAAAACCCCUAGUGUUCUUUUUGCAUUGGACAGAGAAACAUUUAACCAUAUAGUUAAAGAUGCAGCAAUGAAAAAACGUCAAAAAUAUGAAGAUUUUUUGACAAAAUUGCCAGUUUUAUAAUCAAUAGCCGAUCCCUAUGAAAAGACAAAAAUAGCUGACUCGAUUGAACAAAAAUGUUACAAACAAGGAGAAAUAAUAGUAAACCAGGGAGCAACAUAAGGUGAUAUACAUUUUGUUGAAAGUGGAGAAGUUUUAGCAAUGAAAAAUGGAUAAUAGGUUUUCAAAUAUGUUUAAGGAGAUUACUUUGGAGAAAUCCCCUUACUUUUAUCGAGAAAUCAGCCUUUCUAAUUUAUUAGCAACGCUAACAAUACAUCUCUUUUGAUCGUUGGAGAAGGAAAUUACAAAAAUACUUUAGUUAUUGUAGAGAAAUAAUUGAAAGCAAAUUUGUCUAAGUAUAAUGGCCAAAUUUGAAUGCCUUUAUUUGAACUUUCAUAAUAAAUUCACAAUGAUAUAUACUAUUAUAAGCAAAUGAUUUUGCAGUUAAAUAUUCAUUUUUAAUAAAUAAUAUUAACUUUCUACUAAUUUCAAACUUACAUUCAUCUAUUUUAACAUUAAAUCAGUCAGCCACUAAAUAACACACUAACUUACUUCCUUAUAUUUUGUUUUAAAUAUCUAUCACUUUUUAGAAAAUUUUAUUACCUUAAAUUAAAUAAAU